GGCUUGGCAGAGGCCAACCAUCGCUCAUGGUUGUUGUACUGACCGGCCGCAGACCUACCAAGAAUUUCCCAGUGAUGUGAUCUAAUGAAAUCUGAGUGCGGUGGUGAUCGACUGACGAUCACAAUGAUACUCAUCGUCUUGGUGUUUGUGGCGUGUGUGAAUUGGACUUUAGCACACUGUCCCGAAGGAAUAACCGGGAAUUGUACCAUCAUCCGACAUAAUGAAACCACUAAGAAACCAACCCUUCUUCUUCAAUCCAUGAAUAUGCUCGCCGAAGACGACGAACACAAAGGACGUGCCCUUAAUUUCACAAUGACGGAAUCAUUGAACAACACACAUGAUGAACAUGGAGACCUCAGCGAUGUCACCAUCGAUGAAGAACACGACAAUAUCACCAUUUGCUCAAAAGGAGGCUUGACCUAUGAAGAAGGAGAAAAAUUAGAAAUCGGAUGCGAAUCGGUGUGCACAUGCCGGAACGGCAAGAUGCAAUGUGAAGACAGAUGUCUCAAACCCAUGGUGAGGAAAGGAAAGAAGAUUGAAGAUCCGCUGUGCAUAGAGAAAGACACUGAAGACAAGUGUUGUGCGGUCUUGGUUUGCACAGCAGAUACGGAAACGGAGCCUUUAGAAAUCUGUACGUUCAAGAAUCACACUUACAAUCGUGGCGAAUCGUUCAAUAAAGAUUGUGACGAAGUUUGUACGUGUGAAAUAGCAGGAAAAACGUCCUGCAAGCCACGCUGUCCUCCUGUUAAUAAAACGAACGAUAAGUGUGUGCAAGUCCAAGAUCCGAAUGAUUCCUGCUGUAAGAAAUUGCUUUGUGAUGUGACUUUGGACGAUCAUGAAUCGGACAAUUCCAUGCAAAUUCACCAUAAACUAAUUGAAGCAAAAUAUUUAAAUGAAUCAACAGUUGAACUAGAAUUUGAUCCGAAAUUGAACGAUAAAGAGAAUUCGAUUUAUAUCGAAGGGAGUUCAGAUCAGAAUGAUUGGAAAACUUAUAAAAUAAGAGCACAGAAAUAUGUCGAUGUUAUGGACGGAACCAAGUAUCUCAAAUUGGAAAAUAGCAAAGAAAGUAUUAAAAUCGUGUCAGCAAACACUUCAUCUUCUACAGGUUGCACUUACAAAGACAAGUUUUAUGAAUUAAACGAAGAGUACAAUGAUAAUUGUACGUCUCUGUGUGUUUGUAAAGAAUCAGGAAUGAAAUGUUUAAAACUUGAAUGUCCUACAUAUUUUGGCGUGGAUGUGCUCGAUCCAAAUUGUGUUGAAUGGGAGACAGUGCCUCCGAAUUUCCAUCCGACGCCUCCAAACUGUUGUCCUCAAGAGUUGAAAUGUAAAAGUAACGGUUCUUGUGUCUAUGAAGGUCACACUUACCAAAAUUGGCAACAAUUACCUGAAAACAUCACCGGUUGUGAAAAACGAUGUUAUUGCGAAAUGGGAAAUGUCGAAUGUCAAAAUACAUGUCCUCCGGUGACGGCUUUACCGCCUCCAACACUUCCAUGUCCACCACAUCAAGCAAUGGUGGAUCAUCUUCCCGAUGACGAAUGCUGCAUGUAUUGGGUGUGCAGUCAAGAGACUGAUGGACGUAACGAAACAGCAUCGAAAAUCAUGGGACCGUUACUAGUUUACAAAAACCAUAAUAAAACCGAUGAUAAAAAUAAAAACCCUCUUAAACCCUUUACACCUCCGAAUUUACCCCCCGACGAAAAUCCAUAUUAUCAUAAGAACGAAAAAGACAAAUUUCUUGGUCCUUACAAUCCGAAUUAUAAAAAACCUCAACAAAAUAAUAAGAAACCAUCAUCAUCAUCAUCAUCGGGACUUGGAAAUCAAGACGAAUUGUUACAAUUCAUUCAUCAACAUCCCGAAAUCACGAAUUAUCCCUCAGGAUCCGUUGUCGAAAUUCAUAAACCUUCUUUCGUUCCCCCAAAUCGCCUUCAACAUUUCAUCCCUUAUGUCAUUCCACAAAACGGUCAUUCGAACGAUUUACCACCUGGCAUAACUCUUGAGCAAAUUUUACAAGAAGUGCACAAAAAUGCAAACCCUAAUGGUCAUAUUUUACCAUCAUUCACUAACGGACCGGUACUUUUAGCCCCACAAAGUCCAAUUUUGUCUAAUGCGACGACAUUUCGAGGUCAACAAUUUCCAGGGGGUUUCCCCCCCACAAUGCAACAGGAUGAUAUAACAGUGACUGCUCUUGAAGCCGUCGAUGCUCAUACCGUGCGAUUGGCUUUUGUGGUCCCUUCGGUGAUUGUGGGGUUGCAUGGACGAGUGGAAGUGCGAUACACACAUCACGAUGAUGUCGAUGUGAAUUCAUGGCAAUUGCAAGUUUUUGCACCUCCUAACGACUUAAUCGCCACUCCUCAACUUGAAUUCGACCUUUUAGACCUCAAACCUGACACUGAAUACAAGAUUAAAAUAACGAUAACUUUGCGCGAUCUUCACAACACUCCAAGUAGUAGAAUUUAUAAAAUAAGAACUCUUAAAGAUCACAAUGCGACUACUUUACCUCCUAUGAUACCAAUUGAACCGGAAUUGGCCAUCAGUGAUAUAAAUGCAACGUGGGUAACUGUGAUUUGGAGGAAAUUCACCGAAUACGAAUUGCAAUUUAUUGAUGGAGUUCAGUUACGAUUUAAGGAAAUUGAAGGAAAAAUCUACGAUGCUACUCCACUAAUACACAGAUCUGUGACAAGUUACACACUUGAGAAUCUCAAACCGAAUAGGAAAUACGAAAUUGGGAUUUUUUUCAUUCCUUUUCCGGGACAAUUGACCGAACUUCACGCUGAACAUAUGCUUCAUUUUACUACAGCGAACGAAAUCGAUACUUAUGGUUUCAAUGUCACAUUAGAUAUCUCUCAUAUCAAGUCAACAAGUGUAGAAAUUUCCUGGUCUGGGGUGCCUUACCCGGAAGACAAAUACGUCAAUAUCUAUCGUGCGAUUUAUCAAAGCGAUUCAGGCAAAGAAGAUCAUAGUACGUUUAAAAUUGCGAAGCGGGAUUCCCCUACGAAAACGGUGGUGAAUGAGUUAAAACCAGGGACUAGAUAUCGCUUGUGGUUGGAGGUUUAUCUCACCAAUGGGAAAAUUAAAACUAGUAAUGUUCAAGAUUUUAUAACGAAACCGAGAGCGGCAUCGGCGUUGGGGGCAUCACCCACUCAAUCGGACAAAUUGUUAGCAGGAGGGGAGCAAAAGGGCGACUAUUAUGGGCCCCUAGUCAUUGUUGCUAUCCUAGCGGCGAUUGCCAUUAUGAGUACGUUGAUUUUGUUACUGAUUUUAGUUAGGAGACACAAUCAGAAUAAAGCUGCCAUUACGCCGCCCCCGCCGAGGGUUAGUCAAUCGGCCUAUGAUAAUCCAACCUACAAAGUGGAGAUUCAACAAGAGACAAUGGGGUUAUGAAAAUGAAAGACCUCGACUGGUGUAAAUAUUAGCAAAUAGUUUUACUUGUAAGAUUUAAUUUUAGAAUUAGGUAUUGUGUAUUAUUUAUUUAAAUUUAAACCAUUCAAAAUGUUACUGUUUGCAAUUACUAUUUUCCUAAAAUUAAAUAAAAGAAGUAAAAACA